GCGAGUAGCCAGGUCCACAGUGCGUGUUGGAGCUGCAGUUUCUGUUCCCGCAGCAAAACACCGAUAAAUGUUUCCUCGAGUGAUGGAUAUGUACACAUUUCGGCAUAUCGGAUGAAGUGGAAAGUCUAGCUGCGGUCUUGUUUCGUCGUUUUCUGUGAUAAGUAUGAGUUCUCAUGUUAUCACGCCUGGACCGUACCGUGCCACGAAGCUGUGGAAUGAGGUGACUCGGUUGUUCCGGGCCGGCAUGCCCCUCAGGAAGCACCGCCAGAACUUCAGGCACUACGCUUCCUGCUUCACCGCCUCCGCCGCUGUGGAUUGGCUGCAUCAGCUGCUCCGUAGCAACAACAACUUCGGCCCCGACGUCACCAGGCAACAAACGGUACAGCUCCUGAAGAAGUUUCUAAAGAACCACGUGAUCGAAGAUGUGAAGGGUCGCUGGGGAACGGAGGAUCUGGAGGACAACAACACGCUCUACAGAUUUCCCACCACUUCUCCUCUGAAGCGCAUUCCCUGUCCUACUCCAACCUCCAACUCCAUAAAGAAAAGACCUUCAUUUAGGGAUAAGGAAGGCUUCUUCAAGUUUAGAAGCAUUAAGAAACAUGACAAGGAAUCUCUGGAAAACGUGGAUCCUGCUCUUCAAGCACAACAAAAGGGAGGAACUGAUCCAACAGACGAGCAACAGAUGCAGAGACGAGAGCUGACAGAGGAGGACGAACAAGACAUCUGGAGAGACAUCACCUUGACCCACCUCCAGAGGAUUCUGGGCGUCACUUCUCUCGAUGGGGUUUUAGACCCGCGUUAUGUGAACCCACAGAACAUCAUUCAUAACAUGAGCAAAGUCAACAAACACGGAGUGGUCACACUAGAUGACAAGACCAAUGACCUCCCACACUGGGUUUUAUCCGCCAUGAAGAGCCUGGCUAACUGGCCAAAGUACGACAGCGCUCAGCCGUCCUACCCCGGCUUUGAAAGAGACGUCUUCAAAACGGUGUCUGACUACUUCUACAGCCUCCCACAGCCACUGCUCACAUAUGAACUGUAUGAACUGUUUAUCAACGUCCUGGUGUUUUGUGGGUACGUUGCAGCACCCGCCACGUACCAACGAGGGAAACGCAAGAAGUCAGAUCUUCCUUCAGCUCCCCCUCCGGCCAAGUCCUCUUUCCGCUCCACCGAGUGUCUCCUCCUGUCGCUGCUCAGACAGGGGACGUGUGACGAGACGGAGUCGCCCAUGAGAGAGGUGCUCGUCGGGAAACUGGCUGCGCUGAAAGGAGCCGGAGGCCAGUUAGGAGGCAGCUGCAUGAGCCUCGGCGCAGCCGCUUCCACGAGACCUCAAACCAGGAGCAGCUCGCUGGAAACGAUCCUCGAUGACUCUGCUCCAAUCACCCGGCAGCGGCUGUUUCUGUCCAAUGACAGCCUGGCGUCAUGCCUCCAUAGCAACGGGAGCCAGGACGACAGCUCUGCCUUCGCGGCUGCACUCAGUAAUUCAGAUUUUAAAUCUGUGUCAAAAAUAUCUCCUGUUACUGGUGAAAACGCUCCAGGGGCCACGAACAUAUACAGACUGUCUGGGCUGUCGGCUGCACCGAGGCCGCGUUCCCUGCGGCCACGCAGCGCGGGCAGUUGCCUGGACAUCGUCAUGGAGACCAGGGAGGAGGAUGUCAAAGAGAUCAAGUGGCAGGGUCGCUCGACCAGCUGCUUCAACGUGAACACUCCUGCAAGCCAGCACCACUCCUCCUCCUUAGCUUCGCGCCCUCCCUCGCUGUCUUCCCGCCACGCCUCCUCUUCCUGUCGCCCCCUCUUCUCCUCCUCUCUUUCAUCUGCUGCAACCAAAGCACAAGGGUCCAACGCUGCUACAGGACCCAGUGGGCCCAGACCCGCCUCCAGUACCUCUAAUCUCUGGACGCUCCCUGCUCCCGCUGUUGUCCGACGCUGCCUCAGCUCUGUGGAUGUGUCCAAGCCGCCUCGACCCGUUUCACUGUUCAAACCGCCUGUCUGUGUGCCCACCAGCAGCUCCCAGCCCCCCCAACCCAAACCUGAGCACAGUGUUCUCAAGCCUCAGUGCGAACGCGUCGCCAUCGAGGCCCUGCAGCUCUGCACCCUCCUCCUCCCUCCCGCCUCCCGCAGGAAGCUGCAGCUCCUCAUGAGGAUGAUGUCUCGCAUCAGCCAGAACGUGGACAUGCCUCGCCUUCACCAAGCCAUCGGCACCCGGACACUGAUGGUUCACACGUUUUCGGGCUGCGUCCUGGGCAGCGCUGAGGAGUGGGAUCUGGACGAGCUGCUGGCGACCAGGCUGGUGUCGUUUCUAAUGGACCAUCAAGAAAGCAUCCUCUCAGUCCCGGAGUACCUGCUCAGUGCCAUCACUGACCGCGUACAGUACCUGCGCACAGUACAGGUCCCAAUCGACUCCGUUCCCGAUACCGACAGCACCGGUCCAGUCUGCGUCCCGGUGCCGAUGUACGCGUUCUGCCAUCAGAUCAGCAGCGCCGAGUUUGAGCAGCAGAAGCUGGAGGCGUCUCAGAAGGCCAUGGAGGAGCUGCUGGAGAUCCUGCUGACGGACCAAAACAUGAGCGAGAAGGACCGACGCAAGAAACUGAAGCAGUUUCAGAAGCAGUACCCGGACAUCUACAGGCGUCGAUUUCCCCCUUCAGAGACCGAGGGAAACAGCAAACCAAAGAUUAAACCUCCGCUCCUCAACAUCAGGAAGACCAAAGCUUUCAGCAUCAGGAACUAAACCGGUGUAGAAGACACAGUUUUGUUGCUCUUGUUGUGUUUGCUGCACUAUCACUGCACUGAGGCUUCCUGUGUGUUACAUUGGAAAGACUGUUAUACCUGAAUAUGUGCGCGCGUUCACGUUGUGUGUCUGUUCAUGGAUGGACACGUUCACACAGUUUGUGUGUGUUUUUAACACGUUUUCAGGUUUUUAGUUGAACUGUUCUCUCUUUAUAAACUGUCUUUUCUCAUCUCCUGUCUUCUCCUAUGGUUGUGUUUAAAUAAGCUUCAAAGGACAUUUGGGAGAAAAAUAUGCAAAACUGAGAUCACUGGUCAACAUGGGAACAAUUAGAUGAUAUAUUUCUUUAUUUAUAUCAGUGAAGAUGUAGGGAGCAGUGAUAGAUGUUGUUUUUAUAUAGUUGCCUUCAUUUAUCAUAGGAUAAGUGCAUAAAGUCUAAUGUUAAGCCUUUUCUCAAAAUAUUUGCUGGCUUUCUUUCUUCCUUUUCUUGGCCUCAUUUGUGUUUUUAAAUCCUUUUAACAAUAUUAGUUUAUUUUAUAGGGAUUUUUAGUUGUUGUACUUUGUUUUUUUUUGUUUUGUUUUUUUUAACUGGGACAGUUUAAUUGUAUUCGUUGUGUGCGUUUGUCUCAUCUCUGCUUUGUUCAUUGGGUUAGAGAAAUGUUUUGCACUGGGUUUGGGCAUUGUGAAUCGCCAGCAAGCAUAUGUCAAUCAUCAGAAUACUUAUUUAUACAUAUUUAAUUCAUAUUUGACUCCCUAACGAAACUUUUUACCAGUCACGCGGUUAGUUUUACUUAAAAAGUUGCUGCAGCUUCUAAUUCAUUGCUUAAUUAAAUGUUUUCUCCACAUCCGUUCAUUUCAGCGCUAUACGGGCAUAACUGAGCCCACAUCACGUCAAGUAUCUGAAGACAUGCAACAAACUUGACUCAAAAUGGCUAUUACAUAGUUUUUUUUGUUAACUUAUCUUAGGCUAUAUGAAGUAUUUGUUCUACCCUGAUAUGUUUGUCUAUACCUCAGAUUAAAUGGUACGUGUAUGUGUUACCAUAUAUACAUUCAUCAGCAGUGUUUUAGACUUUCUUUUUUUUUUUUUAACAGAGGAGUGAGUCACAACUCUCUCGCUCUACAUUGUUUACUAUGCAAAGUUCUGGGAAAUAAACGUGAUUGGCUUGUCUUUGUUAAAACAGACGCAACAGUAGUCAUUUUCUUGUCACUCAAGUUCAUGUUAGAGGGAGCACUGGGGCUGCAGUUCAGAGGGUGUACAGUCAUCAAACAACAACAUUUCUGUCACUAUUGCUUGUUAUAGAUCAUUUCUAGCGUUAUCUGAUGUGCUGGCCUGUAGUUCUUCUCUUGAUGAAGCAAAAGCUGAAUCUUAAGUCCAAAUGUUGCAUCGUCAGUCCCGAUGCCAUCGACACUGACAAGCAAGUGAAAACAAACUGUGUGCAGCAA